UUGGGAAUUCAGCGUACCGAAGCACUGCAGCUGAUGCAUGCACGCGAACAGCUGACGUCAUAUGUUGGGCGUGGCCAACGGGACUGAUCAGGAAACGAGCGCAGAGUCACACAUCCUCCAGGACCGCGAGAGGGGAUACCGAGAGGCAUAAACUACGCUACAGGGAGCCGUCUGUGCAGUACUAACGAUGUCUGACGGAGAAGGGUUUGUGGUGCGCGUGCGUGGCCUACCGUGGUCCUGCUCGGUGGACGAAGUUCAGAGGUUUUUCUCAGACUGCAAAAUCGCUAACGCCUCCUCGGGGAUCCACUUCACGUACACGCGGGAGGGCCGCCCGAGCGGCGAGGCCUUCGUCGAGCUGGAGUCGGACGACGACCUGAAGAUCGCCGUCAAGAAGGACAGAGAAACCAUGGGACACAGAUAUGUGGAAGUGUUCAAAUCCAACAGCGUGGAGAUGGACUGGGUCCUGAAGCACACGGGGCCCAACUGCCCCGAGACCGGGGGCGACGGCCUGGUCCGGAUGCGCGGCCUGCCCUUCGGCUGCAGCAAGGAGGAGAUCGUCCAGUUCUUCUCCGGGUUGGAAAUCGUGCCAAAUGGGAUUACAUUGCCGGUGGACUUCCAGGGGAGGAGUUCGGGGGAGGCCUUCGUGCAGUUUGCGUCUCAGGAUAUAGCCGAAAAGGCUCUAAAGAAACACAAGGAAAGGAUAGGGCACAGGUACAUCGAGAUCUUCCAGAGCAGCCGGGCGGAGGUGCGCACGCACUACGAGCCCCAGCGGAAGCCCGUGGGCAUGCAGCGGCCCGGCCCGUACGACCGGCCCAGCGGGGGGCGGGGCUACAGCGCCGUGCCGCGCGGCGGCUCGUACGACAGGAUGCGCCGCGGGGGCUACGGUGAGCGCCACGCCGCCGCCGCCGCCGACACUCCCGGGGGUUUAGGGGUGCGAGGCUUCCUCCUCUAUUGGGCGGGAUGUGGUGUAACUCUGCGUCUCUUCCUCUUUCCCCGUUUCCCCAUUGGUCGGCCAGAUGGGCGCUAUGGCGACGGGAGCUCCUCCUUCCAGAGCAUCACGGGCCACUGUGUGCACAUGAGGGGGCUUCCUUACCGCGCGACCGAGACGGACAUCUACAACUUCUUCUCCCCGCUGAACCCCGUGCGCGUGCACAUCGAGGUCGGGCCGGACGGGCGGGUCACCGGCGAGGCCGACGUGGAGUUCGCCACCCACGAGGACGCCGUGGCGGCCAUGUCUAAGGACAAGGCCAACAUGCAGCAUCGUUAUGUGGAGCUGUUCCUGAACUCAACAGCAGGGGGCAGUAACGGGGCCUACGGGAGCCAGAUGAUCGGGGCCAUGGCCAACCAAUCAGCGUACGGGCCCAGCAGCCAACAGGCAAGCGGCAUGGGGGGGUACAGCGACUACAUUAGGUAAUCAGAGUGGAAUGAGCAGCAGUUACUAUGGCAGCGGUGGGCGUGGCUCCAUGGGCAUGAAUGGCCUGGGUAUGGGGGAGGGGUGGGGCAUGUAGGACUGGGGUACUUUUGAGUGGUGGGGGGCGAGGGGUUGGAAGGUUCUUGGACCAAGGAUUUCAAGCCCUCAAGCCUACUAAUGACCUGGGGCGGGGGGUGGGGUGGAGGGGAGUUCACUUUCAAUCCCCUCCUGCCAUAGACUUUGGGGUGUGGUUUUCUCCCUUUCUGUUUCGUUUUCCACAUUGUCCAAUGGGAUGGCAGCAUUUUUUUUUUGUUUUUUUGUAAAGAAGACAAGUUGGACUUCACGUCUGUCUGAGCACAGGAGUCAGUUGGAAACUUUUUUUGUAAAUGUAAUAACAAUGCUAAUAAUAAUAACGGAGUGCAUUUUGUGUAGUGCUGUUCAUCUUGGAGUGAUUCACACUGACACUGGGAGGGAGGGGGUGAACUGAACCACCUCCAGAUAUGGACACGACUAUUUUCUCUGGCAGCAGAAAUACAAAUCCUUCAUCGCCCCUGUUGAAGACCUGAGAGAAAUUUGGCAUUCAUUUGAAAUUUUAUACUCUGAAUAAGAGUGCAUUUGAGUUUCUUUUUAGAAAAAAUAAACGGAUGAAUAAAUGGGGGGAGGGGGAGGGGGGGUGGGGGGAGAUGCAAUUUGGCCAAAAUAAUUUCAUCCUUUUUGGGGAAGAAAUCUUACCUAUAAACCGUUUUCAUUUGUGGUAAUCUUGUACUGCGGAGUAAAUAAACUUGUUACAGUAAAACGUC